UUUAAUGAUUGUUCGUUUAUAUUUGUAGGUUAGGUUUAAGUCAACAAAUUUGUUGUAUUUUUUAAAAAUUUAUUAUUAUCAACGAAUAGUGGAACGCGUCUCCACAAUGGAUGGCAUACAUAUAUAUGACAAACAACUAAAAUUUCAAGAAAAAAUAUCUGCUAUACAACAGGAACGAUCUAAGUUGGAGCGACAAUUUUAUACAAUAACCAGAAAUGACAAGAAGCUUCAUUCUUUACAAAAUACCAAACUGCGAUCCUAUUGGAAACAAAUAUGUGCUAGAGAAAACACUGCGCGGCAACGAAAUGAAGAACUACUGGCAGAUUUUUCAAAGUUGAACUUGAAAAUUUUAACUUUACAAUCCCAAACCAACAAGCUUCGUAGUAUGAAGAAAGAAUAUGAAGAAAAAGUAUCAAAAUUAUAUCCUAAGUGGAAAUACGAGGUUGAGGUUGCUGCUGCAAAGAAACAACUACAAAACAAAGGGUUUGGGAAUUUUAAUUCAUCACAGUCAACUUUGGUGCCAACUAUUCCUACUUCAAAAAAGCCUCUGCAGUCACAGCCUCAAGCACCUGCAUUCACAAGUUACAUUGCUGAAAAUGCAGAAUCAAGUUUAACAAGUCAAUCAUCUCAAAUUUCUCAAAAUCAUAUGGUGAAAGAAGGAAACAUAGAGAAUGUUCAUAUCCCUCCACUGCAACUCCCAUUGUAUUCAGAUAACGAACAAUUACCUAUAGCAGCAAAAUCAACUUCUUUUGUUAACAAAGACCCAAUCAGUUCAAACUCCAUGAGCAAGUACGAACAACCAACUCUUGUAAUCUCCAACAAUGCCGAUAAUGAUGGUUCAGCUCAUUCUCAAUUAAAACUAGAUACAUCCACACCCACCCCUGUAUCAGCACUACAUUUUGAAUCUGACAUUGAUCAUAAAAUUGAUGAACAACAAUCUGAUUUAGAUUCAGUGACAACCCCAAGUUCCGAGUCGGAUUCAUUUAACAGUGAUAUAGAAAACGCAUUGGAAACCCAAACCAAACCAACGAAUUCAAACCAAACAAAAUCUUUCGAACAUUCUCUUCAUUCAGAACUUGUGAAACAGGACCCACCAUCAGAUCACCAUGCUACCAAAAUUGUUAUUCCAAGUCCACACGAGCCAGCAGUUUUUGAAAAUAACGAAAGCAUAUUAAGUGAAAGCUUAACAACUGAAACAUCUCCCCGGACAGAUGCUCCGCUUACCUCAAGCUCGGCAUAUCAAGCUUUGCUUAAAGGCCAUGGUUUGAAUCUAUCAAGUACACUGGGUGAAGGUGGUUUUGUGGAAGAUGAUAAUGACGUAGAAAAUCUACUUUCACCGGUUGGAACUUCUCGCUUAAAUAGGUCAUCUGGUGAAAGUGAUGAAUAUAUCUCAGAACCUGAUUUAAAUCCAAGCAAAGUUGAACCAAGUCCACCCACUUUACCUACAAUACCACAGGAGGAUAAGUUGCAGCAUCAAACUCAGAAAAAAAUCAUUCCUAAAAAGAAACCUAAAGCUCCUUGGGACACAGAAUCUGAAUCAGAACAACACUCAAUUGAUCAUCCAAGUGACAAUGAUGAUGAUUUUGACUUCUAUGAUUCUUCACGGUCACCAAUGGCGAAUAAAAGCUGCUUUGUUGUUUUUUUCUGGUUCGCUUCUAAUCGUGGUUAGUUGACCCGUUGUAGUAUAAUCCUCUUGUUCCACCUUUUAUGAAACGAUUUUUUCGUCUUCCUAACGUAGGCUGCUUCUCACCGCAUAUAUCUAGGUAAAUACCCAGCCGGCUUGGUUAUUGAGAAGUUCACGUGUGUUGAUUGUACAAUCCACAAUGUCACACAUAUUUCGUUUAAUCUAUAGUAUACGGUUUAGAAUUGUUAAACAAUCCAUAAUGGACGCUCUUUUGAAGGAUUUUCUUGGUUGCAUCAUAAAAGGACUUUAUAGUAUUCCCAUGUAGGUUUGUAGUUACCAAAUGGAUGGCAACCCUUUUUGGUAAAACAAUCAUUAUUUCAGUAAAAAAGAGGACCAUUCCACCUAUCAUUCAAAUAAGCGCUUCACUGUCAAACAGAUGCAUGUUCGUGUAUUACGAUCCACCAUGUCAACAUAGCCGAAAUAUUCUAUAUGAUGCACAGCCUCUACACCUUUAAUAACGACUUCGUCUAGGUUGUAAAUAAGUUGCUUGGGGAACUAAACAAAUUUUCCAUCUUGACGGCUGUAUAUAUGAAAACGAUCUUACUACAACAUGUAUAUGUCUCCUUAUGCCCCAUACAUUAUAUAACCUUUGUCCGACGCUGUGGUUUAGUGGUUAGCGCGCCUGCCUGUAACCCAGCAGAGGUAAUGGAUUCAAGGCUCGACGCUGCUUCCAUUGUGGGCGUAUGUGUCCUUGGGCAAGACACUUAAUGCCAAUUGCUCCAAGACAUAUAGCUAAAACGUUCUGCCUGUUUCUCGUAUUCCCAACAAUACGUAACUUAGGCAGCACUCAACGUAUUCGGUUUAUUCACUCUC